AUGGCUUCGGAUAAUAUCAGCUACGCCGUAGUUGAGCCGCUGCUUCUGCUCCAUCAGAAACAUGUGAAUCCUUCUGAUGACGAAUUUACACUACCUUGCCGACUUUCCUUCGCCAUGAAAAAAUUGGCGCAUGUGCCCUGA